CUUUUUUUUUUUUUUUUUUUAAAAGAACCCACGCCACUUUUAUUUCUAAAUAGGCUUUCCCGGUUGUUUUCCCGCCCCCCUCAAAACUAAAUUUUAGGGAGUCAUUUGUAAUGCCGCCGCCCCAGGGUCUGCUCACUGCUGUAACACCGGUGAUCUUGCGUGCCUGCCGGGGACAGCGGAGCUACCGAGAGACCCGCAGCAGCUUGUCUAUUGCCCAUAAAAAUCAGUGGAUGUGGGGCUGAAUGACAUGAGGGGGAAAUGGGGCGUAAAAUUAAAGAAUCUUGCAGAAAGCGAGAACUGGAGAAGCAAAGCAACCCCCUCCUUCCAAUACACACACACACACACACACACACACACACACACACACACACACACACACACACACACACACACACACACACACACACGGUAGACUGUGAGCUGAAACUAUAGAACAGAAAGAGAAUAGAGCAUUUUUAGUCCCAAAUCAGAUAUGGGCUGCAGUAGCCUCACAGCUUCAUGCUUUCUGCCGUUCUGUUGCCUUUUGUCUUGCUGAUCUGUUCCUCCCAUGUUCCAGGAUUUCUCUGACCAGAGAGAAAUGGCCAAACAGCCGACCAGCGCUCCCAGCAGCUACAUACCGGCGCAGCAGCCCGACAGAGCUGCGGUACUUACAACAAACAAACCGGACAACACGGCUGCGUGUCCGUCGCCCGCCCCUCACCAUCACCCAGCGCCUCAGCCGCCGCUUCCGUUCAACGAGGGCAAAACUUUUUGUCCCACGGAAAAUAAACCGGGAGAACUGGACAGCAAUAAAGCGUAUGGGACGUUUAAAAGCACCGCGCCAGCGGCCCCUGGAUCCGCGGUGGUCAACUCGGCCUUCAGAAAGGAUUCCGCUGGUUCGGCCCGCGGGGGGCCCGCCCAGUACGGCGACCCGCUCCGGGCCACUGCAGAGCAGAACAACACCGCGGGCAACUGGACGGCUAUGAGCCAGACCACCAUCAUACUGGGAACAGAUGGGAACACGUCUGUUCAGCCCGGCACCGUGGCGGUGACUGACGAUGAUGACGAUGGGGGAGAUGAGAAUAAGGCCAGAGGAAACUGGACUAAUAAAAUGGACUUUAUUCUGUCCAUGGUUGGCUAUGCGGUGGGACUGGGGAACGUGUGGAGGUUCCCUUAUCUUGCCUUCCAAAAUGGUGGAGGAGCUUUUUUGAUCCCCUACCUGACAAUGUUGUGCAUUGCCGGCAUCCCAAUCUUUUUGCUGGAGGUGUCCCUGGGCCAGUUCGCCAGCCAGGGGCCUGUGUCAGUGUGGAAAUGCAUCCCAGCUCUGCAAGGUUGCGGGAUUGCCAUGUUGAUAAUAUCUGUCUUGAUAGCCAUAUACUAUAAUAUUAUUAUGUGCUGGACACUGUACUACCUGUUCGCUUCGUUGAAGGGCUCACUGCCAUGGGCUAACUGUAGGAAUGAGUGGAACACGGUGGAAUGUAAGGACAAAGACAUGCUGCUCUUAGACACGUGCAUCCUGCGGGACAGAAACAUCACCUCCAUCAAGAACUCCACAUUCUGUCUGUCCGCAAACACUGUUGGAAACCUGACGAAACUGUUAAACAUGACUGUGGACAGCAACAAGACCUACGUCAGCCCCAGUGAGGAGUACUUCAAGUACAAUGUGUUGCACAUCUCUAAAGGAAUCGAAUAUCCAGGAGACAUCCGCUGGCCUCUGGCAGGCUGUCUGCUCCUGGCCUGGCUCAUCGUCUAUGCUUCUUUAGCCAAAGGAAUCAAGUCAUCAGGAAAGGUUGUGUAUUUCACGGCUACAUUUCCAUACGUGGUGCUGGUCAUCCUGCUGAUCAGAGGAGUGACCCUACCCGGUGCCUUCAACGGCAUCCUCUACUUUAUCACACCAAAGUGGGAGAAACUGAAUGAUGCAAAGGUGUGGAAAGACGCAGCCACUCAGAUCUUCUUCUCUCUGUCGGCGGCUUGGGGAGGCCUCAUCACUCUCUCUUCCUACAAUAAGUUCCACAAUAACUGCUACAGGGAUACUAUUAUUGUGACAUGUACAAACAGUGCCACCAGUAUAUUUGCUGGGUUUGUCAUCUUCUCGGUCAUUGGUUUCAUGGCACAUGAGUUGAAAGUGCCGAUAGAGAAGGUGGCAGAUGAAGGUCCUGGCAUAGCAUUCGUGGUGUAUCCAGAGGCUCUGACCAGACUUCCCCUGUCUCCUUUCUGGGCGAUCAUCUUCUUCCUCAUGCUCCUGACUCUUGGCUUGGAUACCAUGUUUGCCACCAUUGAGACCAUCGUAACCUCUGUGUCGGACGAGUUCCCCAAAUACUUGAGGAAACACAAACCUCUCUUCACCCUGGUCUGCUGCGCCAGCUUCUUCAUCCUGGGCUUUCCCAUGAUCACAGAGAGUGGGAUGUUCAUGCUGCAGUUGGUGGACACAUUCGCAGCCUCCUACUCUUUGGUCAUCAUUGCGAUCUGCGAGCUGGUGGGGAUUUCCUACCUCUAUGGUCUGCAGAGGUUUUGCGAGGACAUUGAAAUGAUGGUUGGUUUCCAGCCAAACCGAUUCUGGAGAAUCUGCUGGGCCUUUGUGACUCCAACCAUUCUGACGGGCAUCCUGGGACUGAGUCUGUACCAGUGGAAGGGGAUGACGUACGAGGACUACACCUACCCCACCUGGUCCAUGGUUAUGGGCUGGCUCAUGGUCAUCUGCUCCGUCAUCUGGAUCCCCAUCAUGUUCGGCAUUAAGAUGUACAUCGCCCCCGGCACCUUUAUGGAGCGUCUGAAGCUGGUCUGCUCCCCUCAGCCUGACUGGGGUCCUUUCCUGAUGAAGCACCGUGGAGAACGCUACAAGAACAUGAUGGACCCUCUUGGAACCAACUCCCUGGGCCUCAAGCUGCCCCCAAAGGACUUCCAGCUCGGCUCCUACCAGUAGCAGCCGCCCAGGCAGCACGGCACGGCACCGCACCCACCACCUCCAACCCCUGCAGGGGGCACCGGGAGGGGGGCAACAUCCACCUCUUCUUCUCCCUCCUCCUCUCUCUCUUUCUCCUGUCCCUACCUCACCCUCUUUGCUUCCUGUCUUCCUCGCUGUAUCAUUGAUGUGGAAAAAGCCUUCCUUUUCCCUCUUCCUUCUCUUCUUCUUCACCACUUCCUCUCUUCUCUCAUGGAGGAGUGGCUGCCCAGGUGGAGUCUACUCCUCCGCUGCUGCUUCGUACUCGUUUAACGGGCUAUCAUUGCCCCCCACACAUGGCCACUGAUUACUUCAAAACCCUUCCCAGGGAUCUUUAUUCCAAUAGAAAAUUGUGUCAUAAAAUGACACAGCUCAGACUGCACUUGCAAUAUUAGACUCACCAUAGCUGCUCCGUAUGGAGUCGUGUGUGUGUGUGUGUGUGUGUGUGUGUGUGUGUGUGUGUGUGUGUGUGUGUGUGUGUGUGUGUGUGUGUGUGUGUGUGUGUGUGUGUGUGUGUGCGUGUGCGUGUGCGUGUGCCAUCAUAUUUGUGUGCAGAGAUAAUGAAUCAUCUUGGUGCAAGCAGACAGGCAAACAAAAAGAAAAUUGAGCGACAGAGAAGCAAUGGUUCAACAAGCUCAGUGGGGAUCUGUGUUUUGUUCCAUCCAACAAAUUUCCAACGGCAAUACAAAUAAUAUCAAAAAAAUUUAUAAAAAAAAAUUCACUGGUAUCACAUUUUGUUCCUAUCCAGCAGUAUAUAUGUAUAUUCACAAUAGCUACAGCUCAGUCGCUCUUGCUUUGUCAAAAAUAGAUUACAAGAUCUGCAAUGUGUGCCUCCUAUGUCCCAGUAGAGUAGCAAAUGCAUCCUGAUUGCCACUUUCAGUAGAUACACUUUGGCCUGGAUGACUCUGCAGUAUGAUAGAAGCUUGGGUCUUUUUUUCUCUCUGAACCCGAGGGAUCAUUUGUGAAACCCUCUCUGUUUAUCUAUUUAUUAAGCCGUAUUCCUGUUCUCCUUUUAUUGUAUUAUCCUAGAAUGUAAAGACCACAUUCCUAACAUAGGAAACCACUAGGGUAGUCCAUCCUUCCUUUAGUGAUGUGGCCAUUUAACGAUUUUGGUCUCGAAAACCUGACCUGAUAGUCACUCUGUGCAUAUAUACUGUAUUUUAGACAGUGUAUUUAUCUCUGUAUGUGUUGUGAACUUGUCAAACCAUCUGUGAAAACCAUCUUUACAAUGUGCAUCACAUCAGUAGAGUAACAGUAUAAAAUAUAUAAAUAUAUAUAUAUGUAUGUAUAUAUAUACAUACAUAUACUAUAUGUAUAGCCUUUCAGCAGAAGAGAGAACUAGCGAGACAGAUUGAGUGUGUGUAUGUGUUCAUGUCUCUAUGAACCCCAUGUUUCUCUUGCUAGCUGUGUAAUAUCUUGUACAAAGUGUACACUUCUGAAAAAAAUACUUUAAGUAGUAAGUGUGUGUGUGUGUGUGUGUGUGUGUGUGUGUGUGUUGUGUCCUCACAAUUUUAGGAGCAGCGGCUGUGAGUAGAUGAAUAUUAGACUAGAAAAUGGCCUCCUUCUUCCCUGGAAGUGUACUUUGUCUCUUGUUGUUUGUGGUAGACCUCCGGAGACCUCUUCGCCAUUUCAGACUUAAGCCUCUUGCUUCUCUGUGUGUCCUCGUGAAAAACAGGGUCUCAGGUAUACUCGAUUCUAUCCGACUACUCCUGUAGUUGUAGGAAUAAUAGCAUUCAGUGCAUAGGAAACAGAGAGUUGAGCCAUCCUAAUGCUAAAUUAUAUUGAAAGCAGCGUGGAAGUGUGUUGCAAAGGAUCAGAAUCAAAAUACUACUUCCUGACGACCUCAAUGCAGUAUCACUUCGCUUUUUGCUUGCUGUUGCUUUAAAGCGCCUUGCGAUGAUUAUACAGGACGUACGAUUGACUUAACGUAUUUUGACCAACUUUGUGCAUUGCUAAAUUAAGUAUCUUGCUUUUUUUUUAUAAAAUAGUUAGCCGAGAUUAAGUAAGAAAAUCUAAUUUUGAAUGCCUUGAAAUCAACUUGGAAUUGAAUUGGCACUUUGUUGACCAUCGAUACACUGCAGUUUUAUUUACAUAUGCAGAAAAUGAAAGGCUUUCAGGGACUUUCUGGUCAUCUUGCUGACACUGUGAUCCAUCAGAGUCAGUCAAAUUACUGUAAUUUAGAACAUACUGUGUGUCCCUGUUGGUUGUGCUGUCAAGACAUCAUCAGCGAACAUGAGAUCAUUUCUGUGGGCGUAAAAAAGUCAAUGCCAGAGGUAACACCACACCAAAGCCCGGUGCAGCUCAGCAGGCGUCCGACUGGCUUUGCAGCCUCUUUAAAUGUGACAUGACAGGCAGCCAACUUUUACUUUGUGGGCUGCAAACCAAUUACCUACACAGUAACAGCAUGUAUCCACUAAGAAGCAAUUAGUCCUUUCCACACUUUGAGCAGUUGGUUAUGCAUUUUCAUGUUGACACAAAGUCAUGAUUGGCUUUAUUAUGCUUUUAAAACUGCAGGUAUUUACUUGUUGAGUGGUUUAAACAGACAGGUAUGGAUGCAAUUACAGUUGCUCAGAGAUUUAAGGGUCUCUAACUAUUUCUCUAAGCCAUGUCUAUUCAUAAUCUUGACAUGAAAAUAGCACAGAUAUGAUUUAAGAGGUUGUAAACAAAUCAAUUAUUGAGCACAAAUGCCCUGUUGUUAAAUAGCUUGCUUGCUCCACAGUGUUGCUUUUGUUAAGACUUAGUGCGUUUAGAUCUAGUUGUUCAAAUGUGAUAAUAACGUAUGUCUUUGUGUGUGUGUGUGUGUGUGUGUGUGUGUGUGUGUGUGUGUGUGUGUGUGUGUGUUUGUCUCUGUAUUAGUUUAGUGAACUCCACUUAACUGUCAAUCAGAUGUUUGCAUGGCCAGUCUCAGAGUAGAUCACUGAAAAAAGAGGAGAUUUACAGGAUUUAUUUUGCUUGGAAGCCUCGGCCUGAUGCUCCUUUUUCUCUUUUCUGACGGAUAUCAGGAUCUUAGACCACCAUUUGUGAACUUGAGCUGGGUGAAACUUUUAACACUAAUAUGCCUAAAAAAAAAAAUCAAUCCUAUGGCAACCACUCACUUGAGAGCGGGGGGGGAGGGGGGGGGGGGGCUAAGUAGCAGGCUGGCAUUUUUAAAUCAUGUGUUGGAUGUAGUGGACAGUGUGCUCUUUGUAGUAAGACUUGAAUGAUAAAAAGCCUUUUAUGCCCUGAGAUAGAUUUAAAUGAUCUCCUUUAGGGCCACAGCUAAAUAGCUAUAGGUUGUGUGUUUUGUGUCCCUGUGUUUCCAUUUCUACUGGUCUUCUCUGCUUUUGGUUUGAGAAAAAAAAUGGCUUAGGGUUCAGUUAAAACCACAUUGCUUCAUAAAAUAUAACACUAAAGAGCUUGCAUGUGCAGUUUGUGUUGCUGUAACUCAAUGUCCAUGUAUAGUCAUCUUUCUCCUUUCUCUCUCAAUAGUAUAAGUCUGUGCAUGUUUACGUUAGGGAGCUUUUCGUUCUACAUAAUGUGAAACAGAGGGUUGUCCUUCUUAGACAGGAGGAAGAAGAAAAACCAACAGAAAAAGUAACUGUCAAUUCGCUUUGCCUGCAAGUCAACUUUGGGCAGUAUAGGUAACCAAAGAAAGAAGUACUUUAACUAGGGUUGUCGUGAAAACAAACUUUAGAA